UUAAGUUAGUUGAGUAAAUACAAAGUUGAUGUUGACGACUGUAACAAUGGCAACGUCCGCUCCAAGACCACAACACGACCAACGCAUCAAAUGGACAAAACGCUUCCACAACAAUAGAGAGCGAUAGACGCGUCCCGUGUGAGAGGGCCUUUAACAGCUUCAGACAGAUUAUACCACCCACAGGUACAUGCUGGGUGUCACCAGCCGCAAGCGCGCGCCUAUAUUAAAGCGAAAGUUCAGUUGAAACGUCAAACACGGAUAUUGGCACCAGGAGAGUGAGGAGACAAGAUGCCCCUCACAGUGAAGAACAUUUCUGUUACGUACAAUCCUAUCAAUCAGCUCAAUACCUUCACAAGCGGGGAUUUUAUAUCGGGACAAGUCAUUCUGGAUGUAGCGAAGGACACACAGAUGCAGUCGCUGAGUGUGAAGAUUAAAGGGAAAGCAAAUGUGUGCUGGAGCGAGCACUAUGGUAAAACCACUGUUGUUUACUCGGACAAGGAGAAGUAUUAUUCCGUUGAGAGAUUUUUUGUCCGGGAGAACAAAAAUGAUGGAUAUGAAAUGCUGAAUGAUCCAUCAGGACAGCCGUAUUCUUCUGUUGUGGCACCAGGGCGCCAUGUUUACCCAUUCACCUUUCAGUUGCCUCAACAGCACUUCCCACCAACCUUCAAAAGUUCAAUUGGAAAAGUUGUCUACACUUUGGAGACAAGACUAUCCAGGUCAAUGCGUGUUUCUAGCAAAGACAAAGCAGAGUUUCAGUAUGUCCCCAGAGCUGAUGUGUCCAAUCCUGAACUAAUGGCGCCUCAGUAUGGAACCAAAGAUAAACAGAUGAAAUUCUUCAACCCUGGGAGCGUCUCCAUGAACAUUAACACUGAGAAAAUGGGAUACUACCUUGGAGAGGGCUUGAAAGUUUUGGCUGAAGUUCAGAACAAUUCUUCCCGUGCAAUCAAGCCCAAAUACUGCCUGUAUGAAAAACACAGUUUUUUAGCCAAAGGCAAGAGGAAACUUCACACACACGACGUACUUAAAGAGGAAGGGGAACCCGUUGAGCCGAACUCAAAGAAAACUGUUACCAAAGUGCUGUCCAUUCCUCCCACCCUUCCCAUCUCUAUCCUAAACUGCAAGGUCCUCAAGGUUGAGUACAGACUCCGGGUCUACCUGGAUGUGCCGUAUGCCUCAGAUCCGGAAAUCAAAUUCCCAGUUGUGAUUCUACCUCCUCAGCCUGUGUCUGGUGCUGCUAACAGUGACUUUGGAAUCUGGAAUCAACCACCAGGAAGCAAUAUGUUCCCCAACCCACCUCCUAUGGCUCCACUAGCCCCACCAGAUAAUGUAGUUGGUCCACCUGGUCAGUUUGGUGCACCUGGCUACAGUGGACCUCCUCUGAGUCAGUUUCCUGCUCCUGGUUAUCCUGGACAUCCGGGUCAGUUCACUUCCCCUAGUUACUCUGGACCUCCUGGUCAAUUUGGUCCUUCAGUUUCACAUCAUCCUGACCCGUCGGCUCCACCUCCUUACCAGGAAUAUCAGUUAUAUCCACAGUUGCCAGACCACCCAAAUAAAUCUUGACAGUGUGAUUUUAGAAUCAGCUUCUAUAGGCUUCUUAUAUUAAUACUGUUUUAUCUAGAUUCCUAGAGUCAUUUGUAUUAAUAUGUAGCCUUUUAUAUUUUAGAUAGUGAUGCUUACUGACAAUAAGCUAACAACAUUUAUUUUUGUGUUUAUAAACCUUUAGUAAUGCUACAUUUUACAUUCCAUGAAAAAAUAUAGAUUCUGCUUUAUUUAUUGUUAAGUAGAGUACUGUUCUCUUGAAAUGGUCUAUGCCAUAUACAGUUUCAGGAAAAAUGUGAACCCUUAAACUAUUUAUUCAACUUGAAAUGUUAAAUGGUACUAAGUGACAACUUGACUAAACUUACAAUUUUAAGGGAGCACAUAUAUAUAUAUAUA